AUUGAGAGAGAGAAGAGAGAGGCUAGAAAAUAAGAACCAGAACUGUAGGAUUUCUGGAUUGUAUUUGUGUCUGAUGAGAAUGGCAUGAGAAUUUCAACGUUCCGUCCCGUUUAGGGAUUUCUGCUGGGAGUUCUAGAGGGCGAGAGAAAGUUGGAACUAGUUUUCCAAACAAGCAACGAAAUUUUCUGACUACAGGGCUUAUUGGAACAACGUCGUUAUUCUAUUUGAAAGAAGUUGAGCCUUAACUAACCAAGGACAAAGGAUUUCCAAGGCAAGUAAAUAUGUUGGGUGCUAAUAAAACAGUUACGUCUUGCCAAUCAGAAAAAUCAUCUUUGAUAGUGCAGGAGCAACUCUCUGUUCAUCCUUAUCUUGAUUGGGCCUCCAUGCAGGCAUACUUUGGCCCUGGAGUUCCGAUUCCAGCUCCUUAUUUCAGUGCUGCAGUUGCUCCUGGUCACAGUCCUCAUCCGUGUAUGUGGAAUCCACAGCCCAUGUUGGCACCUUUUGGAGGACCACUCACAGCAAUUUAUCCUCGUGGAGCUUACCCACAUCCCUCGGUAAUCCAUAUCACCUCUGCUAUGAAUCCAGAAGUGCCGGCUAUUCUCAAAACCGACAAAGAGAAAGAUUUUGUGAAGAAUAAUAAAGUCCUUGAUAAGCUUGCUACUUGCAUUGGCAAUAGUAAUGUUAAGGGUGCUGGUUGCAAUGAAAACAGAUCAACAGAAAGUGGGGACAAGGAAGCAGAAUGUUCAACUUAUGGAAGUGGCGUGAGUAGUGGAUCUGGAGGAAGCGAGAGAAAAAGGAAUAAAUCCUCUGAAGCCAUACCAAACUCAGCAUCAGAUGCUCCAACCAUUUCUUUAGGAUUAAUUACAUCCCCUGCCACAAUUACAAGAAAUUCAUUGAAUACUACUCUUUCAGCUGAUUUAAUUCCAGGAGCGGAUCUAAGGUCUUCAUAUGUCAGUAAACUGAAAACUGGGGAUGAAAAAAUACUAUCAACCACUAUAAUGCAGGAGGAUAGGGAGUUGAAGCAGGAGAGGAGAAAGCAAUCUAACCGAGAGUCUGCCAGAAGAUCCAGGUUACGAAGACAGGCUGAAACUGAAGAGCUUGCCAUCAAAGUCGGAACUCUGAUUGCUGAGAAUAGUACUCUAAGAUCUGAAAUUUCUCGGUUAACUAAAAGUUCUGAUAAACUUAAAUUAGAAAACUCCGCUCUAAUGGAGAAAUUGAGAAUGGUGCAACUAAGUCGGGAAGAAAAUAUAAUAUCUGACAGUGUAGCUGACGAAGAGGUACCAUCUAUUAUGGUAAAGAAUCUCUUAUCAAGAAUAGAUAACUGCAACCCUGAUUCUGGUGCCAACCAGAUGGAGUAUGAGACUUAUGAGGACUCCAGUGGCAAACUGCAUCAGCUCCUUGACUCAAAUCCAAAAUCAGAUUCCUUAACUGCAAGCUGACAAUUCUCAACUAUUUGAAUGAAGAAAGGUCACUGCAAACUACUAACUCUUGACAUAAUGCUACUCUAAAAGACAACUAGAACUGAUCAACUUGUAUUGCAAUUUUCCCUCGCAAGAAAAAAGGAAAAGAAAUAUAGGUAUUAAAUCUCCUUAUCAAAGCCUGAGAAAUGAGGUUUGUGGCUUUAUAUUAUCAAGAUUUUACUGUGUGCGCGCUAUAACAUGUUUAAGAUCCAUCCAUGGUGUUUUAUGUUUUUUGAAACCCAUGUUAAUGGUGAUCAUAAAUUGCAGACACUGUUGUAUAUUUAAUUUGAAAGAAAGAUGCAUGGCUUUUU